AUGUCCAGCGUGCUGACGUCGAAUCGCGGCGAACCCGGCCCGCCGGUCGAGCCUGUCGCGCCCGACGUCGUCGCCGUCGCUGUCGCCGUCGCCGUCGUCGUCGCCGUCGCUGUCGCCGUCGCCGUCGUCGUCGCAUUUGUGCUGAGCCGGGCAGGGAUGCGUGCGGUUGCUGCGCGAGCGCUGCGAGUGCCCAAAGAGCGGCCGUUUGCCUUUGGUAUGGUGUUUUCCGGCUGCAAGACCUCGUUUGCUGACGGCCUGAUCCAAAAGGUGGUGGAGAAGAGGGAGACGAUGGACUGGAGGCGGAACGCCUCGUUUGCGCUCUUUGGCUUUGUCUAUCUCGGAGCCAUCCAGUACGCGCUGUACGUGCCGGUCUUCCAGCGGAUCUUCCCGUACACCACCCAGUGGCUGGCCAAGCCCAUCCGGGCCCGGCUCAAGGACACCCGCGGGUUGCGGACCAUGCUCGCCCAGGUCGGCCUGGAUCAGUGUGUCCACCAUCCGCUGAUGUACUUUCCAGCCUUCUAUGGGACCAAGGUGUUGGUCAACGGCGGGUCGGUGGCCCAGGCUCGGGCCGAGUACGUGGGCAACCUGCCGAGCGACAUGGUUGCGCUGUGGAAGAUCUGGGUCCCAGCCACCAUCAUCAACUUUACCGUCUCGCCGCUCUGGUUCCGCAUCCCGUUUGUGGCGUGCACCUCACUGGUGUGGACAUGCAUUCUCUCGGCCAUGCGCGGGGCCAUGGAGGCCGAGUCACUUGUCGACGAUGACGCCGAUUUUCUGGGCAACCAGGGUCGGGCGCUGCAGGACUCGAUCCGGCUCUUCCAGUAUGAUUCGGUCCACAACAUGCGGGUGGUCAUUUCAGCCGUCGGCCCAGGCGCCGACGUCUCGUUCCUCCCGCGCAUUGCUGGCAUGGUCCAUGAUUUUGGCGGCAACUGCUACGAGUCCAAGAUGAUCCAGCUCGGCGGCGAGGCUGCGUACAUCAUGAUGGUGGCCGUCGAUCGCGGCCACUACGACGAGCUGCGCGAGGCGCUCCUCGCCUCGGGCCUCAACGUCGUCGUGCGUGUGCCUGAGAGCGAGUGGCCGGCUGAGGCUGCAGGCUCGACCGAGUCGGACGCGUCGGAUCCCGAGACAACCGCGGAUGUCUCGCAAUUUAUAGAGCGCAUCGACGCGUUGCCGAGCACCGCACCACUACCCGGCGCAGCCAUCCGGCGCGCCUUCUUCUCGCUGUACGGGCCAGACCGUCCGGGCCUUGUCCGCGACCUGGCGCAGUUCUUUGCCAAGCACGCCCUUGCCAUCGACGAUAUGGACACCGCCCACGCCUCGACGUCUUACGGCGAGAAGUUCACCAUGCGUGGCCAGGUCUCGCUCACGGCCACUGAGGCCCAGCUCGCCGACCUCUACUCUGACCUUGUCAAGCUCCGCGCCGAGCUCUCGCAGUACGACAUUGUGCUCCGCUUUGACGAGCCCGAGCCGUAG